AUGAUACUAUUUAUAAUCAAUUAUUUGCAUUAAUUUAUCUUAAGGAAUAGAGGAUAAAACUUUCCUUAGAGAAAGUCCUCUUCUGUCCAUAAUUUCUUUAGAUAUUUUCUAGCUACCCAUGAUGUGAUUUUACAAUUCGAUCAUUUGCUGUUUUGUAUGAGAAAAAAAUUUGCGCUAGUUGUUAUCUAUUAAUAGAACUUCUUCUCUAUUUUUUUUUAUUCGAGUUUAGUUUGCAUUAUUUUCUUUCAUCAUUUAUUCAAGUUUUUCAGUGCGUAGUUACAUCUUUUACUCUUCUUAUUUCUCUCUCAGCUGUUUAUAAUUUUUAUAAAGAUCUUAAUUAUCUUCUUCGCUAUCAACAUUUUGAAUUUUAUUUGA